AUGUUUUACGAUCUGAACGUUCCUUACUCCUCAGAUGAUCCCGAGAUAUCUGAUACAUUGAGCUUUCUUGCAGAACUCGGUUACACAACCGUCGCUCUCUCGCAGACCAUCAGUGGAAAGCUUCCAUCAAACCUUGCCCCGCCACCUCCUCCCACGAAUGCUCCCAAAAAUUUGAAAUUGCUUUCUCGUGUGAACUUGACAUUGUCCGACCCCGCACAGAAUCAGCGCCUUGCCAGCUUAGCUCAGGUGUAUGACCUGGUAGCGCUUCGCCCUACCAAUGAAAAAGCCCUUCUGAAUGCAUGCACGAAUCUCGAAUGCGACCUAAUUUCUCUGGAUCUCUCCGUGAGACUCCCGUUUUACUUCAAAUUUAAAAUGCUCUCUGCAGCUAUCGAACGAGGGGUUCGACUGGAAAUUUGCUACGGGCCUGGGGUUACAGGGAGCGGGCUUGAAGCCCGUCGGAAUCUCAUCGGCAAUGCUAUGUCCCUGAUCCGCGCAACACGCGGAAGGGGAAUCGUUGUGUCAAGUGAGGCAAGGAGGGCCCUGGGCGUGAGGGCUCCAUGGGAUGUCAUCAACUUGACAUGUGUAUGGGGUCUGUCACAGGAACUCGGCAAGGAGGCAAUCAGUGAGGAAGCAAGAAAGGUCACUGCACUAGCUAAAUUGAAACGCACAAGCUGGCGAGGAGUCAUCGACAUCGUUGACGGUGGACAGAAAUCAAAGUCACAAGUUGUGGAGUCCGGAAUGGGGCAGAAAAGCAUGUCUAAGAAUAAGAAUGUCCCACAGGCUCAAGGAGCUGGUGACAACCUGAAGAGGAAGGCAUCUCUCGGCUCAGAGGCGGCCGUUGAGGAAAUUGAGAAACCUCUGUCCAAGCGUGAGAUGAAGCGAAGGGCUAAAAAAGCGCGGUUGGAGGCAGGAGAUGGUGCUGGCAAUGCAACAGGUUCGGGUGCGACUGUGGCCUCUGGCUGA